AUGGAUCGGUCACCAUCGGAGAAGAAGCUCAUACUCGUCAACCGCGAACCGAACGGCAUCGCGGUGAUUACAAUCAACCGUCCCGACGCUCUCAACUCGCUGACUCGGGCGAUGAACGUGGACAUGGCUCAAGCUUUCAAGAGCCUGGACCGGGAUGAAUCCGUUCGGGUGAUUAUACUAACCGGAUCAGGUCGUUCAUUCUGUGCCGGCGUUGACCUCACCGCGGCGGAGGAUGUUUUCAAGGGCGAUGUUAAGGAUCCGGAGAGUGAUCCGGUCGUGCAAAUGGAGCGGUGCCGGAAACCAAUUAUUGGUGCUAUCAAAGGAUUUGCAGUUACAGCUGGUUUCGAGAUUGCGCUUGCUUGUGAUAUCUUGGUUGCUGCCAAGGGAGCCAAAUUCAUGGACACUCAUGCUAGAUUUGGGAUAUUCCCGUCGUGGGGUCUGUCUCAGAAGCUUUCCCGCAUUAUAGGAGUAAAUAAAGCCCGGGAGGUUUCGCUUACGGCCACGCCUUUGACUGCAGAGGUAGCUGAAAAGUUGGGUUUGGUGAAUCAUGUUGUUGAGGAGAGUGAAUUAAUGAAGAAAAGCAAAGAAAUUGCAGAAGCUAUUGUGAAAAAUAACCCAGACUUGGUGUUGAAGUACAAGUCAGUGAUAAAUGAUGGCAUUAAGCUUGAUCUUGGCCAUGCUCUUUCUCUUGAAAAGGAGAGGGGCCAUGACUAUUAUAAUGGAAUGACCAAGGAGCAAUUCAAGAAAAUGCAGGAAUUCAUAGCAGGAAGAAGUUCCAAGAAACAGUCCAAAUUAUAA